UAUCAUGUGUACUGCACUCUCUCUCACACACACACACACAUACUGCGUGUUCUUCACACUGUAUAUUCUACUUCAAUUCGAAUAUUAUAUUCCCAAUCCAGCUCAAAUGUGGAGUAUAUGAUGUUCGUUUGCGUGUAAUUCAAUUGCCACAUGAGAUUCGUUCGUUUUAAAUCCCCUUUUUAAAGUCAAUUUCUGCUGCGUAACUUGUGUUCUUGAGAUCUGUUGUUGUUAUUGAUCUCGACAAUUUUUUUGUGAAGAAAAUGCCAGCAGAUUUGUUCUGCAGAGAUUCAUGUGCAGUUUGAAGCUCUGAUGGAGAAGUUUAUUGUGAUGAUUUAAGGAAUAUUACUUCACGUGCAUCGCGAUCAGCGGUAAAUCGUGAAUCCUCAUGGGACGACUCUGCUCUGCUCAGCUGGUCAAGUUAAUUUUCUCGAUAGUUUUUCUUCUGCCGCUAACAUGUGCCGACUUGAACUCGGAUAAACAAGCUCUCCUCGCAUUCGCCAAUGCUGUACCCCACGGUCCGAAGCUCAACUGGAGCAACAGCACCGCAGUCUGUACAUUGUGGGUAGGCAUCAACUGCACUUCCGAUGGCACCCGCGUGUUCGCUCUUCGGCUUCCAGCAAUUGGACUUAAAGGCUCCGUCCCAUCCAACACACUCGGAAAACUCGACGCGUUACAGAUUCUAAGCCUUAGAUCAAAUCGCCUUAACGGAAACUUACCGUCUGAUCUUCUUUCUCUCCGUUCGCUCCGUUAUCUCUACCUUCAACGUAAUAACUUCACCUCCGACAUUCCAUCCUCGUUUCCUCCCCGUCUGAUCGUUUUGGAUCUCUCGUUCAAUUCUUUCACCGGACAUAUCCCAGAUUCAAUCCGGAACUUAACACAGCUUAACGGAUUAAACCUCCAAAAUAACUCGUUAUCCGGACCUGUUCCCAAUGUUACACUGCCGGGACUAAAACAUUUGAACGUAAGCUACAAUCAUCUCAAUGGAUCGAUACCGUCUUCCCUCCAAACGUUUCCGAGCUCAUCGUUUAUCGGCAACUCGUUUUCAUGCGGGUUGCCGCUAAAUCCUUGUUCACAACCUCCUUCUUCUCCACCUGUUAGCCCGAAAAAACAUAGCUCCAAAAAGAAAUUUCCGUUAUGGGCUAUUAUCGCGAUUGCAGCUGGAGGCGGUACCGCAUUGCUACUUCUGCUAAUUAUCGUAAUCUUCUGCUGUAUGAAGAAAAAGAGUAGCGACCCGAGUCGUGUGACUAAAGCGAAGAGCUCGACUGGAAGGGGUGACAAGCCCCGAGAAGAAUUCGGUAGUGGUGUGCAAGAGCCCGAAAAGAACAAGCUGGUUUUCUUUGAAGGGUGUUCGUAUAACUUUGAUCUUGAGGACUUGUUACGGGCGUCUGCUGAGGUGCUCGGGAAAGGUAGCUUUGGGACCGCGUAUAAAGCGGUUCUGGAAGAGUCGACGACUGUGGUGGUAAAACGGUUGAAAGAAGUAGUUGUGGGAAAGAAAGAGUUUGAACAGCAAAUGGAGAUUGUUGGGAGAGUCGGGCAGCAUCAAAAUGUUGUUCCGCUUCGUGCUUAUUAUUACUCGAAGGAUGAGAAACUUCUUGUAUAUGAUUAUUAUUCGGCGGGUAGCUUAUUGACACUCCUGCAUGGAAACCGGGGCACUGAAAGAACUGCGGUUGACUGGGAAACCCGAGUCAAAAUUGCGCUGGGAGCUGCAAGAGGCAUUGCUCAUAUUCAUUCAGUUGGAGGCCCGAAAUUCACUCAUGGAAACAUCAAAUCCUCAAAUGUCCUCGUCACGCAAGACUCUCUCGGAUGCAUCGCAGACAUAGGCUUAGCCCCUCUCAUGAACUUCCCCGCUCCUUCCUCCCGCCAUGCUGUCGGAUACCGGGCCCCUGAAGUUCUCGAAACCCGAAAACACACCCAUAAAUCAGAUGUAUACAGCUUUGGUGUACUCCUCCUUGAAAUGCUAACGGGUAAACAACCGAUUCAAUCUCCCGGGAGAGAAGACAUGGUGGAUCUCCCGAGGUGGGUUCAGUCGGUGGUGCGCGAAGAAUGGACCGCUGAGGUUUUUGAUGUUGAGCUCAUGAAGUUUCAGAAUAUUGAAGAGGAGAUGGUUCAGAUGUUGCAGAUUGGUAUGGCGUGUGUAGUGCGGGUCCCGGAUAUGCGGCCCACCAUGGAUGAAGUUGUUAGAAUGAUUGAAGAGGUGCGGGUGUCGGACUCUGAAAACCGACCAUCGUCUGAUGAUAACAAGUCGAAAGACUCACGUGUGCAGAGCCCUUGAUUUUUCAUUGUUGGAAUUGUAAGUUUGUGAAGAAAGAAGAGUGAAUAAACUUAUUUGAUUGUUCUAGAUAGCUAGCCCCAUUUGAUGUGUACAUGCAUGAACUCGUGCAUAUGGUGAGAAAUAUUGAAUUUCUUUGAUUUGGUUGAUAUUUUAAGAUUAGUUUUUUUUUUUUU